CGGUCCAGGUCCAGGUCCAGGUCCCGGGAGCGUCACAACAAUACCAACAACAGUCACAACAUUCACAACAACUGGUCCGAGCAGCGGGACGCUCCCGGUAAACACGGGGGCUUCAAAGAUGAGUACUACUACGAGCAGCAGAGGGACGAUGCUCAGAGACAGAGACAGGAGGCCUUUAUUGCCAGACGUCUGCAGGAGAGGGAGAGGAUCGGGGAGUUAGGUUGUCCUGAAGUCUGGGGAUAUUCACCAAGAGUCAAAGAGCCAGACUCCGAUGAAUUCACACCAGUUGAGGAAGACGAGAAGAACAGCAGCUCAGAGUCGAGCUCAGAAGAAGAGAAGAAGAAGAAGAAAAAGAAAAAGAAGAAAUCCAAGAAGAAAAAGAACAAAAAGCACUCAGAGGACAGCGAACUGGAAUCAGAUUCAGAUGAAGAGGAAAUAAAGAAGAAGAAAAAGAAGAAGAAGAGCAAAAAGUCCAAGAAGUCCAAGAAGAAGAAGGCGAAGAAGAGCCGUAAGGAGUCCAGCAACUCCAGCAGUGAAGAGUCGGAGGAGGAGGAAGAGGAGGAAGAUCCCAACGGGGUAAUGUGGGUGGAGAAAACCUGCAUGGACGAACACGUGGUCGGCCCCGAGGCUCCGCUCACCCACAUGUCCCAGGACGACAGACCUCUGGAUUUCGGCCACGCGCUGUUGCCAGGUGAAGGUGCUGCGAUGGCCGAGUACGUGAAAGCAGGCAAACGUAUCCCGAGAAGAGGUGAGAUCGGACUCACCAGCGACGAGAUCGCAAACUUUGAGAAGUCCGGCUACGUGAUGAGCGGCAGCAGACAUCGUCGUAUGGAGGCUGUGCGUCUGAGAAAGGAAAACCAGAUCUACAGUGCCGAUGAAAAGAGAGCUCUGGCCUCCUUCAACCAGGAGGAGAGGAGGAAGAGGGAGAGCAAGAUCCUGUCGAGCUUCAGGGAGAUGGUGUACAGGAAAACCAAAGGCAAGGAGGAGAAGUGAAUGUCACGUUUGUACAGGAUUUACCCUUUUUACUGGACCCCGUUACCUCCGGUCCUGAGACUUGAGGUGUUAAUGUUUUUUUGUUUAACAGCAUUCAGUUUUAAAGAGAUGUACGAUGUGGAGGGAGGAUUUUAAUUGUAAAGAAAUGUGUGCAAAUGAGUCUGAAAAGUACUCAGUUGUAUUAUAUUCUCCAUCCUAUUUACCCGUUGGAUCUCGUCUUUCCUUUCAGUUGUUAAACUUUAUUUUCUUCUGUAUAUUUUAGAAUGGUAAAUAAACUUUCAUUAUUAAGUCA